AAGCUGUGGCGGUAAGAACUAAGAAGUCCAGCCUUUGAUGUUGCACGUUGCGACUCCCGCGAGGUUUGAAAGUGCGAGUGAUAGAGUGCUUACUGCAUUACGCCGACCAACUGCCGCCGGUCGAUACUUGUAUCAAUUUAAUAUUGCACACAAAUUCAAAACAUAUCCGCGGUGAUACCAUGGAGCCUCAAUCCCAUACCACUGGUGAGGUGGGAGAGCCUAUACGCAAGAAGCGCAACAGGGUGGCCUUCAGCUGCACUAAUUGUCGUCACAGCAAGCAAAGAUGUAAUCGAGGAAGCCCAUGCAUGACCUGUGUACUCCGCGGCAAGCAAGAUAGCUGUCGCUACACAGACGACAAGUCCGGUCGGGCCUGGCAGGAUGAGAACUCCGAACCCAAAGGAAGGUCUAGCUCUCCAGAGUCUUCCCCGCCAAAACAAGACAAUCCCGAUCUUUCUAGCUUUGGAUACUCCGAUGUCAAUGCGCACAAUGUUCUCGGAAUCGUCAAGAAGCUGGAACAUCUCGAGACAGGAAACACUCACACGCCGCGCCGCAAGACCAACACGGUUUCACUGAGCCACGCGUCCUCGGAAACAUACCGAGCACUCAUCAAGCGACUACCCUGCCGAACAUGUGUCGAACACCUAGUUCAAGUCUUUUUCACCGAAGUGAAUUGGCAAUUUGCUAUCGUCGACCGAAACAUCUUCGAUGAUCAGCUAACGGAGUAUUAUCGAUAUCAGAGCGCCUCCAUACUCGAGCCACAAGAUCAGAUACCCACAGACCAAUUGACUUUUCCUGCUUUGCUAUUUCAGGUCAUCGGUCUGGCUGUCCAAUUCUUACCCGCCCAAGCUGGCCAAGGCCUACACUCUGCUUGUCUGCGGGGCAUUCCUCGUGAUGGAAAGUACGACCUGCAGGGCUGCCACACUAUGCAACUGCUGAAUCUGGUGGGUAAGAACGCGAUGAAUCUGACCUAUAUCCAAGCAGAAUUCCUCCGGAUUUCCUGGUUGAAGAAUUGUGGUUUCAUUGCUGAAGCAUGGCAUGCCCUGGCACAGACCAUAAUGGAUGCUCAAGACAUCGGUCUCCAUCGAGAUGAUUUCAAAGUUGACGCCAGCGAUGCCGAGGAGGUGUGCGAGCAAUUAUGGCAGAUAUUGUUGCGGCGUCGAACCAUGAUGAAUCUGUAUCUAUGGGACAGUGAGAUGGGCAUCGUCUUAGGGAAGAGCUUUACUAUUACUUUGAGUGACUGCAACAUAGUCCCACCAACGGAUUGUGAUAUUCCCACGAAUCGAAGAUCUACAGCGCCAUUGCCACGAGCACUCGACGAAAAGCCAAACGAAUUCACUUUACGCUUCCUGGAGUCUCGAUUGACAUCAAACCUACAUGAGGUCAAAGCAUUGGAGGCUGAAGGGCCAUAUCCUCGUGACUACAGCAAAGUUGAACGCCUACACCAACAGGCUAUAGGCUACAUCGACAGCAUGCCGGCCAUCUACCGUUCUGAAUUUUCCGAUACCUCUUAUGACCUGGAAUGCCCCUGGCUUCCUGCACAACGCGAGUAUCUGUGUUCAGGGGGAUGGCUCUUCGUCCUGUUAAUCCACCGGACAUACCUCUUCUCAAUACCUAAGAGCCGUGAAGCAAUAAUGAGAGCCGGGAUUGAAGCCCUCCGCGCUCAACAAAGGUUCUUCAUUCUUCUCCAGCCGCAUCACCACAAAUUGUUCACACUCACAUAUCUGAGCGCUGAGCCGGCAAUCUCUAUGCUGGCCGUGUUGAUCACUUUUCCGGAAGAGCAUGGAGAUUUGGUUGAGGAAGCAUUUCGAUGUAUCAGAGAAGCCCUUUGGAGGCUCAACCAGAUCCGUGGUACCAACAAUAUCGCAGGACCUGGCGCAAACGUAAUUCAGAAUCUCCUCGGCCGAGCUGAGCUGAAGCAUAAGCAUAUACUGACAGGGAAUGCGGAAAGUCUCACUACUGGCACGAGAUCGUCAGACCUGUCUUCCGUGACACAAAGUCCACACCAGGAGAGCCUCCAAGGGUCGUCCCUAACCUCUGAGAAUGCGGACCAACAAGCACAAUAUCGUGCUCCUCAAUUCCUGAACAUGGCGGAUUGGUCCUCGCUCUCUACAUUUCAGCAGGCGAACACAACAGCACAGCCAGCCGGCAAUACCAACUAUGCCUUGAAUGAGUCCCCACUGCGACCACUCGUUGAUCUAGCAUAUCACGAUCUUACGACAAGCCAUCCAUUUGAGCUGGGCAGCCAAGGGACUGGGUCGGUAUUCGAUGUUUCAAUGGGUUCGCAGCAGAUGGCAGCGCAAUUUCAGGGAACUUUUGAUGACAAUUCGUUCUGGAACUUUAUGAAUACGAAUACACUGACGUUCCCGACAUAAAGUCUUGACGAAGAAGAAGCACAUCUUCAGCGGGACAGCUCAUACGACAAUCGACAGAUGCUUCGGGAUCAGGAAUCUACUCGGAAAAGACCACAGCUCUGACGCAAUGUGAGUGUGACUGCUUGAACGAGUCAAAUAAUUCAUCGACCGGUUCAUCUAGA